CAGCCGGUUUGGAGGUGAAGUGUCUCGAAGCGGAGAAGGGAGAGAGGACCAGGAGAGGAAUCCCUGCGACCUGCUCGUCCCGGGAUUUGUGGCUUGAGGAUCGGACCGUUCGAGGCCUGUCCGUGAGCGUCCUUGAGUCGAGGGGCUGCUUACGAUGAACGAAGGACCCCGCUGCCUUCUUCCAGACAUUUGAAUAAAAAGGAAACAUGGGAACGAAGCAACACUGGUGGAAGGGGUGGGGGGAAGAACCAACUGGGCAGUCGACUCCCGAUCCACAGCAGGCGCUUGUAACAGCCAUCUCCUACAACUGCUGGACCUAGCCAGCAUCUUGCUCAGACCCUAACUCCGGUUUUGUGGAGGGGAAGAGCAGUGUUCCUUUAAGAAGCGUUGCCACUUUUGUUGCCAAGGGACAGCCCGUCUCCCAGCAACAGGUGACAAAAGGACCGGGAGCUGCUGUAGUACCCGCCACUUCCCCGCUUCUUUGUCCAGCCUGAUCCGCGUUUAGGCCUCGGCACAACAUGUCCCAGGGGCGUCUGCUGGAAGCAGAGCCCGCCUGUAAGAAGGAGAUGGAGCAGGGCCCGUUGCAGAAAACCAGCGAUUAUUACCGAGUGGAUGACAGUUUGCCAGCCAGGUUCAACCACCCAGGAUGGUUUCGGGGCUACAGGACAAAGGAGCCCAAUCCACUGUACAGAACCACCAACCAGACGUAUGGAAGCAGAGCACCUACCGUACAUGAAAUGCCAACCUCCUUUUAUGUCUGCUCACAUGAAUUUUCAAAAAACCUGGGACAGUGUGGCAUGUACAGGAGUAAUGGUCUCAACACCGCCAUGGAGAAAAGUGAUGUCACGGGGCCGGAUAACUUCAUCACCUUUUACGACAGACUCAACUUUCACCCCAGUUACAACAGCAGUGGGCCAUCCUACUGUCAGUAGGUUUUCAACCAGCAUGACUGCAGUCUGAAACCUCUCCUUCAGUUCAGUGUCAACUGCCUGGUUAAAAACAAGCAA